UCCGAGGAGAAGCCGCUCAGUUCGGACGCGAAGGUCGGAGCAGCUGGUUGGCUGGUCGGUGCUGUGAGGAGCCGCAGUUUGACGUUUUUUUUUACGCUUUAUUUAUUUAUCUGUUCAUUUUUUAUGUUAAAGUCGUGUGAUGUGAUUUCUGAGAAGUGAGUAUACUUUGAGAUACCUGCAUCGAGAUAAUUUUCUGGCUUCGUUCGCAUCUACUUCGGGCCCAAGAUGUCUAGAGGACCAACGGUUCACACAGCCAUUGCAGUGUUGUGCGUCGUUGCAGUGUCAGUAACGGCUGGCGGCGUCGAUAGUUUGCAGAGGGUAGGCGUCACAUCCCUUAGCCGUCUCCUGGCGUUGGCGAGCGACGUGGAGCCUCACUCCUGCUGGUGCGGGGACCCCCUUGUCUCCUGUCCCGUGUCCGUGCCCCGGGCGCCCCUUCACCAGCUCUUAAACUUGACUUGUGAUCCUGACAAAGUCCACUGCUGCCUCGAGCGCAUCACGAAUCUGGACGACGACAGCAUCCUGCCCUUCAACGCCACGGGAGACAUCACGACAGUAGAGGAGUUCAGGGACUUCCUCAAGAGUGUUGUCGACCUCCUCAUGCCUCGUAACACCGGGGUCGCAAAUAGCUUACCGCUCGUAGAAGGUCGCUCCCAGCAGGAUUACCUCAGGAGUGUCUCUGGUCUGGAUUCCGAUGGGACUCACUUGGAAGUGUCACCCGGUAACUUUGAGGAAGAGCUUGGUGUUGAGAGCGGCAGACAGAACUUCGGUCUCUGGCGUAGACAGGAACCCACUGACGAGGUUAAUUCUAUCUAUUCGGACACUAAAACGGAGACUAUUUCUUCAACAGAGCAGCAGGUAUACGAACAUGGAUAUCCUGAAGGGUCUUCAUCUAAUGAAAAGAAUGGUGAUGAUCCUCUGUUCCAUGCUAUAAAAGGUCUUGCAAAAUUUCUUCUAAAUUCGGAGAAACAAACGAUCCUGGACCACACAAGUGAAGACCACGGGAUUACGGCUGAGCACAACACAACGUCGAUAUCGGAUAAGAUUGACGUUCUGAAGUAUUCAAAGCUCGGGUGGUUCUCUCGUGCUGUCGAGUACGCCAUAGACGGCUCCCUGUACAUUGGGGUCGCCUUGGCUGUCAUGUACUUCACGAGCAUGAUUCUCUCGGGCCUGAUUUCAACCGUCGGUUCCACCUGCUUCAUCUGCGCCAUCCUAGGGAGCCCAGAGCUCGUAGCCAUCGCUUAGGCCCUUGAGAGGUCCCUUCCAAAGGGGUCCUGGCGCAUGACAGGUGCUCUGAGAGACUCUGUAGUUGUAUGUUCGUUAUGUGUAUCCAUACUCUCUAGUGCUGUUGUUUUAGGUAUUUACUUUUAUUGAAUGCUGUUGUAUAAUUAAAUUUUUAUUUAUGUCAUAUUUAUAAUAUAAAAUAUGAAAGUUGUA